GGUGGUGGUGGACAGAUUGCAACCCUGGAGGUUCACACAGUGGUGGGAUCAUACAAAAAGAUCCAAAUUUAAUCUACAGCUAGAACCAGAGCCUCUGCGUUAUAGGUGUGUGUUUGGACUUUUGUCUGGACUGCUACGUGGUUGGAGUAAAGCAGACAACAGAGCGUGAACUGAAGGCACAAAAUUAAGUCGUGAAGGUUUUAUCAGAGGAAUCUACUAGCAUGCUUUUCAAUCUGAAAUUUAUGGAUGUUACAGGAUGAAACGUCUCAGGACCUCAAGCAGCAGCAGCGACAGUUCUGACAAUGAGAGCCCCUCUACCUCCUUCUGCUCUUCCAGCAAGUAUGGCAGUAAACCUGGAACCUCGACCUCCAGCCCAAAGAAACCGGCUGAAGUGUUCAGAAAAGACCUGAUCAGUGCCAUGAAGGUCCCUGACUCCCACCAUGUGUCCCCAGAGGACUACUACCUGCUGGCGGACACCUGGAAGCAGGAGUGGGAGAAGGGAGUCCAGGUGCUGGCAAGUCCAGACACCAUCCCAGAGCCGUCAUUUAGAGUCAUUGCGGAGAAGUCCAAGGAGAUGCUUUACACCCACCAGAGGAAGUACAUCCAGUGCUCGAGCCAGGAGUCAACAGAACCAGGCUACGUCAACAUCAAAGAGCUGGCGGAGGACAUGUGUCGCUACGAUCUGGACGACGUGGAUCUUUACUGGUUGUGCACGCUCAACAGAGAGCUCGGCUGCAUGGGGGAGGAGCCCAUCGACGAGCUGACGAUGGAGCGCGCCAUGGAGGCCCUGGAGAGGCAGUGCCACAUCAACAUGAACCACGCCAUUGAGACGGUGGAAGGCCUGGGGAUUGAAUACGACGAGGACGUUAUCUGCGACGUGUGCCGCUCCCCCGACAGUGAAGAAGGGAAUGACAUGGUGUUCUGUGACAAGUGCAACAUUUGCGUGCACCAGGCCUGUUAUGGCAUAGUCAAAGUGCCUGUUGGAAACUGGCUUUGUAGGACGUGUGUCCUCGGCAUCGACCCUCAGUGCCUUUUGUGUCCUAAGAAGGGCGGCGCCAUGAAGGCUACACGUGCAGGCACCAAAUGGGCACAUGUAAGCUGUGCCCUGUGGAUACCAGAGGUGAGCAUUGCUUGUCCCGAGAGGAUGGAGCCCAUCACUAAAGUGUCCCACAUCCCACCAAGCCGCUGGUCUCUCAUCUGCAGUCUGUGUAAAUUGAAGACAGGUGCAUGUAUCCAGUGCUCCGUAAAGAACUGCACCACCCCUUUCCACGUGACAUGCGCCUUUGAGCACAGCCUGGAGAUGAAGACCAUCCUCGAUGAAGGGGAUGAAGUCAAGUUCAAGUCUUACUGCCUCAAGCACAGCAAGUCUAAAACUGGGGAGGCUGGCCUGAGCCCAGCUCGCUCUAAACCCCCCGCUGAGGCGGAGAAGGUGGGCCAGCGGGCACAGAGACUGCAGGAGCUGGAGGAGGAGUUUUACACUCUAAUCCAGCUGGGGGAGCUGGCCCAGGCCCUCGGGCUCUCCGAGCGCCUGGCGGACUUCAUCUAUCAGUACUGGAAGCUGAAGCGGAAAGCUAACUUUAACAAAGCUCUGCUGCCCCCUAAAGAGGAGGAGGAGAACCUGGUGCUGCAGCCUCAGGAGGACAGCAUCCACACACGCAUGCGGAUGUUCAUGCACCUGCGACAGGAUUUGGAGAGAGUGAGGAAUUUGUGUUACAUGGUGAGUCGGCGGGAGAAGCUGAAGCUGUUGCAGAGCAAAGCACAGGAGCAGAUGUUCAACUUGCAUGUGAAGCUCGUGAACCAGGAGCUCUCUGCUGGCCUUCCUUCUUCAUUCCCAGUGGAGAGCCUGCUGUUCCGUCCUCCUCCGAGGAUAACUCUGAAGCUGAAAAUGCCCAAAUCCUCCGUUCUUGGUAAUGGAAAUCCCAGUUCCAAAUAUGGUAAUGGGCCGCUCUGCCCGGACAAUAGUGUCAAUGUUACUGAAUAUGCAGGUGAAGGGCUGGGUCAGGGGAAGCCUCAGCUACAUGGCUGUGGUCGGAGGGAUGAGCGCGCCAACGGUCGGCUGCCUUCCUCGAGCCACUCGAGCAGCCCAGCUCUGCCUGUCAAACCCACUGGCAAACCUUUAGCCCUGCACGCUGCGCUCCACGGCCACUCUUCCAACAGCAACGGCAAACUGGACCAAGACCGAUCGUGCGUGGCUAAAUGUAACGGCCUCUUUGUGGCUCAGAAGGACAGUUCUUUCCAGACGCCCAGCGACAAAGGCGCUUCAAAUCAGGCUUUGGACAAGAGCAGCUUUCGGAAGUCUGCCAUGGAGCGCUUUGGCAGGUCCUUCAAAGAGGCGACAAUUAACUUGGUGCGGACCACAGAGGACCUGUGGGCCUCUGACAAACUGUCCCGAAAGGGCCCAGCCAAGGAGAGACUAUGGGCCAAACCCGUGUCUGAACACAAAGUGAAAAGCACGAGAUCGUAUCAGGACAGUGACGGAUACUGUCCUGACCUGGAGCUCAGCGACUCCGAGCCAGAGGCCAAAGGGAGGCACGGGCGGCAGGUGGGGUCAGAUGCUCCAAGGAAAGGGGUCAGCCGUGGGAAACAGUCACCGGGCUCCAGACACCCCGUGCAAAGGUGACAGCUGUUUGUUUACUCCAGUCGCUGCCGCCGUUCUCUCCUGGCCGUCUGGUAGUCUUCCCAAGUGCCAGGUCAUCUCUGUGAACGCAUCUCCACCAGGAACCAGACAAAGACGCAGCGCUAAUGAUGCAGUAUACAAAAAGCAGAAGAUGCAUUAAGGGCAUUGUCGUCAAAGAACAUCACCUAGUGGGAUUCAUAAAGAAGAGUAGUGCUGUGUUAGUUUUGGUUUGAGAGGAACAAAUGUCUUCAGAGAUUAUCAUGUUUGCCUUUCAUUGUGGCCAGCAUUACAUUUUUGUACUCAACUUUGUAUUAAACACGCCUGCUUGCCCAAACACAAGUUCAAUUUGCCUUUUGACUAAAACAACUGUACGUGAGAUUGGGAUGUUAAUAAUGUGUAACUGAAUCACACAUGUUCCACUUUAAUCAUCCUUCAAACAUGCAAUCAGAGUUGCAGAAAUUAAAACAGAUGUGCCAGAUGGGAAUUUUGUAGAGAGUUCUAGCACUUACUGCACCUGUUUCUUGCAAAUUGUCUGUCACAGUAAACCUGUUUUCCCACAGGCGAUAAACUGACUUUUUUUGUCAAUAAAUGGAGUCAGUUUU